CGUUUCUCUCCGGAAGUACAGUUAAUUUUUAUUCACAGGGAAAAAACAGCUGUUGUUGAAAAAGAAAACAUCAAAAAUGCCUGCCCCAAAGAGAGGAUCCACUCCUCAUGAUUCACAGCAAAAGAUAAGGAAGUUGGAUGAAGAUGGGGAGGCUCUGCCAUCUAAAACUGCACCAGCUACCAACAAUAGGUCCCUCAAAACAGGAAAUACAAGAGAAAAGACAGCAACCCCACGGACCAAGAAAAAACUGUCUUCUUCAGCAGAUGGGGGAAAUAAACCAGCCAAGUCACCUAAACAGAGUUCCCCACCAAAGGAUUCCAGCAAAUCCAUUUCCGACCCACCUCUCAAAAAAGCCAAGCUCAUGAAAGCCACAAGUGCCUCUUCCAAAGCCUCUCUGAAGCGGACAGCAUCCACUGAGUCAGACGACGAGUUAAGCAGUGACGGUAGUAAGGUUGAGCUCUUUAAAGUAAGGGAUGAUGGGGACAAGGCUCGCUGCAUCAGAAAAUAUUCAAACCGUGUCAAAGCUAAGCGUAAAGCUGAAGAGUCAUUGUCUGAUCCACAGGAGAUAAAUCAGGCGUUAUCACCUGCUCCCACGGACCUUAUACAAAUGGACCACAAUUACGGUAGAUUCACAGCUUCUCCAAGUAUAGCAAAUAUCAGUGAGGCUGAUCACAACGAGCAAAAAGAAUUUGUAGACUGUGGCUCUGAAACAGAGAGACAAAACAACUCCAGUAAUGCAACACGGAAGGAAUCAAAGGAAACUUUAGUCUCUGUAACUAGGAGCAGGAAGGAGGAAUCUGAAUGGGAGACUGAGGAAAGUAAACAUGAGGAAUUAAAACAUUUAGACAGCCAAAAACACACAGACAGUAAAACACUAGCAUCAUCCACAGACAUAUUAGACUCUGUCACUGGGGCGUCACUUUGCAUCACUUCUGAGGCUGAGAACAAUAAAGGGAAAGACCUCUUGGAGUCCUGCACAGAGGCUGAAAGACGACAGGUUGUAGAUAAUGAAACACUAGCAGCAUCAGUGGAAACUCUAUGUCCUGUUACUGCAAAUGUAAAUUCAAACAGUGACAGUAAAAACCAGACAGAUGUGAAGGUAAAUAUAAUUUGCAGACCAGAAGGUUUUACAGAUUUGAGGACUAAAACUGAAAUGAAGGAGACCACAGAGGUUGUUUCUGAAGAGGUUAAGGAAGUUAUAAAGGGGAAAAAUGAGCAUAAAAUGCAGACAGUGACUGAAGCACCCAGUGCAGCUGAUGGUAAUGUUGAUGUAGAAUGUCAAGCAUUAUUAAAUGAAAGAAAGCCUCUACCAGAACAGAUCCUGUUUGUAAGCAGUAUUCCACAUACUCAAAGUGAGAAUAGUCUAAUGACAGUGGAGGCAUUUAGCAACUUAGAGAGUCAACCAAAUGUCAGUGUCAAUGUUCAGGUUGCUUUUAAUGAGGAAUCUAAAUCUGCCAACAUGCAGGACCAAGUGAGCCAUGAAGUGCCAGUUGCAGUUAACACAUAUGACAGCAAUAAUGAAAUGAUAAAAAACUCUGAAAAAAGUCAUGAAGAAACUCAAACAAAAGGAAUUAAAUGUCUUUCUUCUCCCUCAGAAAUCUCAAUGCCUGUUUAUGAGGCUGUUAUUGAGCAAAAUCAAAGCAAGGUAGUCCCUGAGUGUGUAGCGGUCUCACAGGGUGUGAUUUCUGAGUUAGCUUUGAAAAAAGAUCUACAAAACCAGGAGAAUCACAAAGUUAAUGACCGUGCCACAGAAGUACCAGCAGAAAUAAACAAUGUGAUUGAAAAUUCUCCAAAUCUGGGAAAAGAAAAUAUGAACUCUGACUAUGCCACUGCACAAAAUGGUCAAAUCAAAAUGGAUUUACAGGCAUCAGUGACAAAGGAGAUCAUUUAUCCAACCUCUUCAGUGGAAAUACAAGGUCUCAAAAACCCAAAGGAAGUGGACAUAGAAAUUGCAGCAGUGUCACCUACAGUGGAAUUACAAACUCAGUGGAUUCAUGAUAGCACUGACAUAUCUACAACUGAAGAGCAAAUGGGAGGAAAUUUUAAAAUAACAGAAAAGGGAGAUGAAGUGAACUGUGCUGACCAACUUGGGACUAAAACUUCUAAUCCAGCACCUCUAGUGGAAAUACAAAAUCAGAACAACCCGGAGCUCAGACUACAGUCUAGUGAUAUAUCCCUAGAAGUUCAUGAGGAAACUUCUGAAAACAUUCAAAAUGAAGACAGUGCGCAUCUUAAAAACAGAACAGAAAUGCAGACCACAACAUUGCAGAUUUCUAAUCCAGCCAUUACAGUGGAUGUAAAAAGCCAGGAAAGCCUUGAGGUCAGUGAACACAACACAGACAUAUCUAACAAAGUUAGGGAAGAUCCAAUGACUGCAGAUUGUAAGAGUCAGGAUAAAGAACACAGGCUUGGUGGCAGCUGUGUAGUUGUACCUCAGAGUCCAGAAGAAGUGAGUAUACAGACCACAACAAAUGCAUCUCAUUUAUCACCUACAAUAGAAGCACAGAGCCAAACCAGCCAAGGUGUAAGUGAACAUACAACAAUUAUAUCUAAUGAAUUUUGUCAUGUACAAAGUUUGAAAGUGAUUGAAAAUGAGGACAAAGUGACCAUUCAUUCUGUGGCUGAGAGUCACAUUAAAACGAAAUUACAAAUGGCAUUAUUAUCAGAUUUUUCAAAACUAGGGGUGGAAAGUCAAAAGAGCCCAACAGAAGUGCAAGUUGCAACAACAGUAGAAAUUUCUACUUCCUCGGUAGAAAUGCAAAACCAGGAGAGGCAGGAUGUCAGAGAAGUUAAAACUGAUACAUCUACAGAGAUUAAUAAAGUUGCUCUGCUUGAAAAUUCUCAAAAUAUGGGAAAUGGAGAGACAGUGAUCCCAGACUGUACUGCUGUAGAGAAGCAGAUAGUUUCCUCCUUAGCAGAGAUGUCCCAGCCCCCAAGAGGAGAUAUACAACCUCAGAACAGCCCUAAACCCCCCAUAGAACUACCUGGACAUAUUCAAGAGGGACUAAUUAUCAAUACUACAGAGAGUAAUGUAAAAGACGUUAUCACAGAAAGUAUUGUACCUCUGGAGAUGCCAAUAAUAGCAACACCAGAGGAGAUUUGUAAUCGAGCAUCAACUGUGGAAUUUAAACAUCAAGGGGGUGAAGAGGUCAGGGAGCUCAUCACAGAGACUGAGGUUCAGAGAGAUGUAAUCAGUGUUAAUACUGAAAAAGAGGAAGAGGUUAUUGCUGAAUGUGUGGAUGCUGCUGGGAAAGAAACAGAAAUGGAAAUACAAACAUCAGAAACACCACAGGAGACACCAGUUCAGAGAUCCCUAAAAGAAAUGCAUAGCAAACCCACAAUGGGCUGUGAUGUUCAAAAUGAUUUCAUGCCGAGCUGUGACAGUAAGAAUGACGAUGAGGUUAUGACUGAAUGCGUAGAUGUUUCAGUCACUCCAUUGAGUACUAAGACCACAUCUGCCAUGCCACAGGAGAUUUCUAAACAAGUACCCUUAGCAGGACAGCAAAAUAAUGGAACGGAAGAAACUGAAAACACUGUGGCCUUUUCAGGUGAAAUUCAUACAUUUUUACCUAAUUCUGGAAAUACAGAAAAUACAAAUAUGCACACAGAGAUUUGCACAGAGGACAUCCAAGGAAAUAAUGAUAUAAUGAGGGGAUCAAUAGAAAGUGUAGGUCCUACAUUAGAAGAGAAAAUGGAAAGAAAAGUGAGCAAUGAGCUUAAAGAACAGACCUCAAGUAUUUCCAGUGAUAAGGCUGACAAGACCGUCUUUGAUACCCAAGGACAAGGGGAAGAAUCUGGAGGCAAUGAGGUAAUUGUUUUUGUAUGUGACCAGCAAGAUGACUCUGGUAUAUUUGUGCAAGCAUCAGACGAGCAGAAUAAAACAGCUAAUCAGUCAGAGUUUGAGCCUCGUGAAAGCCAGAUAGUGUACGAGCCCAUUAGCAGUCCUGAGAGUAACGCAGAUGGGGAAGUUUCCAUGCUAUCACAAAAAGAUGACACUAUCACUUUGCUGGACAUACACGGCACAGAGAACCUACAGAUAGAAGAAUGUUCAACAGCAUUCUCUACUAAUGAAGAAAACAGGGAAACUGGUGACCCACAUCUUCAAAAUGAGGAAUCUGUAAAGGAAAACAUGUUUUCUAGCGACGGUGUGCAAGAAAGUAGAGUCUCUGCACAGUUGGAUCACAGUAAUACGGCAGUGGAUGUGAAAGUUGCAGUAAUCAGCACUAGUGAUGAUAUCAGCAGACCAGAUGGCCAGUCUGAAGAUGUAAUAGAAAAAAGUGAAAGGAAUGGGUUCUCAGACUGCAUUGGUACUACAGAGUUUUCUGAACAGGGGCAGGAGGUCCCUGGACUUCAGGCUAUUUCAGAUGUCACAGUGGCGGCUACAUCCACCACUGAAGUUGAAAUACCAGAUAGUACAUGUGAAGAAUACGUCAUUUUAGAACCAGUUCCGGAGAGUGAAAUUCAGUUUGAUAUCAUUACUCAAGCAGUGACUGAAUCUGGGUUGUCGUCUUCGCUUUCAGAGCAGACGAGUGAAAAUACUGCUUUGAAUGAAGAAAAAGAAUGUCAAAUAACUGACAAGUUCAAAGAUGCUAUAGCAAUUAACUCAAAUGAGGAAACCAGUCAAGAGAUGGGAGCUUCAGCUGAUUCAUCUUCAGAAGGCAGUAAACUCAUUCAGAAUGCUGAUCAUUGCCAGGAGCCAUUGUCUGAUUUGAUGGAUGGUGAUACCUCUGAAAUUGUGACGGCAGAGUCUCUUGAGCAAGGGACGGUUGAGGUAGUAACAGAGAAUGUUGAUGUUAAUUUGGAGGUUCAAGAAUUCCAGAUUCUUGAAGAUAUUGAGAUUGGUCGAGAGAUUGUAGUUGCAGAGGAGGAGAAUGAGGAAGAUGACGAUAUUUCUAUCUUAGAAACUCCUAAGGAAACCCCUGAAGUAGUCCCUCUGAAAACAUCAGAUGAAAAGGGUAAUGUGAUAAAUAAAAAUGACACUUCUGCAACCAACCUGAAGCAGGAUAGCACAGCUGGUGAAAAAACAGAAGAGGAUAAAAAAGGACAGGAGGUUGAAAAGCCCAAGAAACAAGAAAUGAACACACAGGCUAGAACCAAAGCCCGCCUCGCAGCUUUAGCAGAGCAAAAGGCCGCAGCUUCGAAGAGAGCGGCACACAGACAGCAGCUGAAUCUCUUAGCCCUGUGUCAGGAAAUAGCAGAGGACAUUGCAACAGACAGUAAUCUUUUGAAGAGGAUAGAGGAAGAAAAACAAGCAGCGGCGAUGGCAGCGGCAGCAGCAGUUGCCAAGAGUGAAGCCAACAAGAAGGAAAGUCCACCUGUGAACCCCCAGGAUGCAGACUCUGGGGAUGUUGCAACUGCUGCUGGACCAGAAGCAUGCUCUGCUUCAGAGAUGCUCUCUGAAAAUGAGUCUACGACUCAGCCCACCACAGAGAAGUCAGAUGAAGUCAAGCCUGCUACACAGGCUCCAAAGAGGAGAUUCUUCAUCACACAGGUAACAGUGCCCCUAAAAGCCCAUGAGAAAAAGAAGUUAACUCGAUAUCAAAGACUAAGACAAGUUGAACUCCAGAGAGAGAAAAUGUCUUGGGCACGUGUGAAGAAACUUAAGUCUGACCAAGCAAAUCAAAUGUUUUCAGACAUGGACUGGCAAGGACCCAUGUCAUUAUCUGCGAUUUCAGUGAGUCCUGUGACCACGGCUUCUCCACCCGCUGCCAGUCCAUCUAAAGCACCUCCUGCAAGCCCUUCUUCAAGUAGCAAACCUGCAACACCCAAGGCAGAGGAUCCCAAAGUGGAGACUCCUAAGGCUGAACCAUCUACAACUGAACCUCCCAAAACAGAAGUGCCCAAAACAGAACCCCCUAAAACUGGAACAGUCAAAAUUGAACCCACUAAAUCUGAACCUGCCAAAACUGAUGCCCCAAAACCAGAACCUUCCAAACCUGAAACCCGUAAAUCCACACGGUUAAGUAAGGCUGAAGCUUCCAAAGCUGCCCCUCCUCCUGCACCUGCUGCAAAAGGCAGAUCAACAGCCAAGAGAGCCCUCCCUGCAGUACCCCCUCCCAUGCCAAAUGGGCUCAACAGUCAGAAGUCGAAGCCUGAAAUUGAGUAUAAGCCAUACAGACCCAGACCUAAGUAUUCUCCUGAUGAUUUUGAACUAGACGAUGACCCGUUCCCAGUUGUUCCAAAACCCAAUCCUCAGGCAAGACCCGCUCAACAAACAGUAACCAACCUUCAGUCAAAACCCACUGCUAAUCCCACACUUGCUUCAAAAUCCACGGUUUCAUCACAACUUGGAAACCAGUCAAAGCCCAAUGCUCAGACAACACCGGCCAGACAAAUCUCAGGUCAGUCCAAAUCCACUGUUUCAUCUACAUCUCAGUCAAAACCUGCCAGUUCCUCCAAUCUACAGUUGAAGCCUGCCAUUGCAACAGCACCGCAGUCAAAGGCCACACCAACUACAACAGCUGCAGCUUCAUUAAAGCCUCCUCUCUCAGCCAAAGCUCCACAGAGUUCUCCUGUCUUGACAGCCUGUCGGCCAAAAGCCGUUCUAGCAUCAGGUCAGCCCAAGCCUGCAGCCUCUUCAUCAGCCCAGUUAAAGCCCAGCGGUGCAACAGCAGCACAGGUGAAGCAGCCGACUCCAGCAGUAGCCCAGCCUGUCAGUUCACCCACACCGGAAACGAAACCUGACCAUCCUAAGGCUGACGUUGUGGACACUUCCAAAAGCAAGGAUGCAACUGAUUCACUUCCUCCUGGUCCAAAAUCCUCCAUUCCUUCUGAAGGUGAUUUCAAAGUUUCAGAGGGUAUUCAGCAUGAAGAAAAACCUCAAGUCACCGAUGAUGCUCUUUCUCCGGAGAGUAACACAGAAGCAGCAAAGACAUCUGAGAAAACAUCAGAAAAGCCCUGUCAGGACGGAGCUGUAAAACCAAGAGACGUUGAGACUCCUCUGUCUGAUGCUAGUCUGCAAAGAGAAAUGAAGAAACUGAAGGAUGCUGACAAAGAUGGCACCCAGACUAUUAUUGAUGCAGGGCAGAAGCAUUUUGGAGCAGUGGCUUGCAGUGUGUGUGGGAUGCUGUACUCUGCUUCUAAUCCUGAGGAUGAAUCACAGCAUUUACUGUUCCACAACCAGUUCAUCAGCGCCGUCAAAUAUGUGGGUUGGAAAAAAGAGAGGAUUUUAGCUGAGUUCCCUGAUGGCAAGAUUAUUCUUGUCCUACCAGAUGAUCCUAAAUAUGCUCUGAAGAAGGUUGAAGAGAUCAGGGAGAUGGUGGACAAUGACCUCGGCUUCCAGCAGGUGGAGACCAAGUGUCCCUCUCAGACUAAAACCUUCCUCUUCAUCUCCAAUGACAAGAAAGUUGGUGGAUGCCUCAUAGCAGAGCACAUUCAAGAGGGCUACAGGGUGAUCGAGGAGCCCAUCCCAGAGGGUUCAGAAGGGGAGAAGGUGAUGUUUGAAAGACAGAGAGCUUGGUGCUGCUCCACCACGCCGGAGCCGGCCAUCUGUGGCAUCAGCCGCAUCUGGGUGGUCAGUAUGAUGAGACGCCAGGGCAUCGCCUCACGCUUGAUCGAGUGCCUCAGGAACAAUUUCAUAUAUGGUUCAUACCUGAGCAAAGAUGAGAUUGCUUUCUCCGAUCCCACACCUGAUGGAAAACUCUUCGCCACGCAUUAUUUUGGCACCUCUCAGUUUUUGGUUUAUAACUUUGUGAGUGGGACACGAUUGGCCCAGCCCAAAACUGAUGCGGUAUGACCUUCUUUGGGAAAGCUAAGAAUGGAUUCGACUAAGAUGCUCACUGAGAAACAGGACCUGCCCUCACUUAACAGUGUCUGACGCAAAAACUGAUUUAAAAACAAAGAAACACCUGUAAAUUACUCCUUGACAAGGAUACACAUUGGUUUAAAUCUCAGGAUCAAAACAACACAGUGCUGUUGGAAAAUAUUACAAUUUCACCCUUUAAUCCCUCCCUCUUUAUACAUUUUUGAGUAAACAAACUGGUUUAAUUAGCCGUAUAGAGUUUACAUGCAUGACCUGAGCAAUAGAAAACAGAACUUUUUUUUUUCUUUUUUUUCUCAGAGAAGCUCAAGAUUGACUGGCUACAUUAACACAAACUUAGUUUUUCCUCAUUCUGUUCUGUUUUUUUUUUUUACUUUUACAUGAUGUAGUAAACUAUCUGUACAUUUCAUGUUUUCUUCCCCACCAUUAACAGUGAUGCUGUUGUUUUUAAGUUGGUUUUAAGCAACAUCACAUUCACUUAAAGGUCUGAGAUGCACAAUUUCUGUGGAGUGGUCAAUGAGGACUUCCUUCUCCAGCAAUUUCUUGAUUUGGUUAUGAUUUAAUCUAACAUUUCAGUGAUUACCGGAACCGGGCGACUGAAUCUGAGGGAUGUUUGAAACCACACUGCAAUCAGAUUGAAGUGAUGUGGGUUAGAACUGUAGCUUGGGCAUUACUUAUGUGCUCUAAUUUUUUUUUAGAUCACCUUGCCUGAACUGUUUAGUUUCCAAGCUGAGCCAUAUACUGUACACCAUUUAGCAGGGCAUUGUAGCCUAUACUGUAUGAGUGAUGUCUUUUAAUUUCACCAAUGCUGUCUAUUGCUUUAUUUGUGCCUGAAUGAAUUAUGUGUGACUUACAAUGAUUUUAUUUUUUGUUUUUACAGCCAUAUGUACUGAGCUACAUAUGGAUUUUUAGUGUAGAUUAACAUCCUCCUAUUUCUUAGUAUCCAUGAAUUAUGAUGUAUAUCAAAUGAUUAUGUAGAUUUAUGCAUACUAUAACAAAAUUUAUGACUAAAGAUAGAGGCAUGGUCUUAGGACUCAGGUGUCUGAACGACGUCAUCCGGGUUCAGCCGUGAUGAUUGCAAACGGGAAUAUUUGCUCAGCGAUCAACAUGAGAGGUUGAUGUGAACCUCUGCCACCAUGCAGAUUUACAGUAUCAUUGUAAUCCAUCCCUUAUUUUCUUCUUUGCUCUUGUUCAAAGCGUUUCUUUUAGAAAGAUGUGUCGUGUAAGAAGAAAUUUGAUUUAUACGAAGCUGUUAUGUAAAUAUUUAUUUAAAUAAUAAACAGUCUAAAACA